UACCCCGAAAGGAAAAUAUCCUCCCACGUGGGGAUCGGUUUAAUUACAAGUUACGUUGUUUAAAUAUGUGUUUGUUGCAUUAAUUUUUAUUCGAAAACAAUGGUUCAAGCAAUAGAUGAAAUGGAGCAGCGGGAUCUUCCACAGGCUUUUCGUCUGCUGGGAGAAAUGAAUGCUAAUGUAGUGCAAGUAAAUCAGUUGGUGGAUAAUAUGCUUGUGAGAGUAAAAAAUGGAGAAAUUUCAACAGAUAAGGGUCUUGGUUUUCUAGAAAUGAAAUAUCAUAUGCUGUUAUCCUAUCUUAUAAAUUUAACAUACAUUGUCCUACGAAAGUGCUCUGGAGAACGAAUUGAAGGGGAUCCGUCGAUCGAUCGCUUAAUUGAAAUCAGAACAGUAUUAGAAAAAAUUAGGCCCAUUGAUCACAAACUUAAAUAUCAAAUAGACAAACUUGUAAAAACUGCUGUAACUGGAACAACAAAUAGUGAUGAUCCUAUAAAUUUCAAGCCCAAUCCUGAUGCCUUGGUUGGGAAGAUAGAUGGAUCCGACGAAGAAUCGGAAAGCGAACAGGACGUGAACGAAGAAGGUGCCAAAUCACGGAAGCCUGGAAUUUAUGUACCACCAAAACUUGCUGCAGUUCAUUAUGAUGGCGACGAUACAAUUGUUGAUAAAAUGCACAAAGCUGGAGAGAGAGCACGUAGGCGUGCUGUAUCUGGGGCUGUACUUCGAGAACUUCGAGAAGAAUACUUAGACGCUCCGAUAGAAGAUUCAAAUGAUCUAGGUGAAAAACAAUCAACUUUCGGUCGUGAAAAUAAAAGGAAAAUUGAAUACGAAGAAAAUUAUAUGACUCGAUUACCCGUCACUAAAGAAGAAAAACAUCGUCAACGUCAAAUGACUACGCUUGGAACACUUGGAACAGAAAUUACUAACUUUGGUGGCUCUUCAUCGGCUAAGAAACGAAAAGCUCCUAAAGGAAAAUCUAAAAAAAGUUUCAAGAAGAAACGACGUCACUAAAAAGUGAUAUGUCAACAACACAAUCGUCCGAAAAACUGAGAAUAUCGGUACUGACUAUAAAGGUAAAAGGUAAAUAAUGAAGGAAGGAUGAAACUAAGAAAAUAGCACAAUUGCUGGGCAUUAUUUACAAGUGCUAGCAAAGCCUAAUGUCGUCAGCAGCCUCGUAGUUCCGAUAAUGAAGAUGAAAUGAUAAAUGUCAAAAACAAUUUGACAUAACUGUUGAGAGCCAAUACUUUUUUUACAUCGACGUAAUAGAUGACCAUGAAUUUAUAGAUAUACAUAAAUAUAUUGAGUAAGAUGCUUUUAAAGUAAAUAGAUGGAAACGAAAGCUUUUUAAUACAUCAAAUUUUCUUUGACAUUUAUUAACAUUUCGCUUCAAACUUGGACGAUAAAAAAGAAAGAGAAAA